GUUUCGAGCUCUGCAUGCAUUGUGAGGUCGGAGCGAGGAGAAGCGUGUGUAGUAGAAGAUAGCAAGCAGCAUGGGUGUCGGUGAGGUUUGGAGGAGUGUGAGACCGUACUUGGCCAUGGUGUUCUUGCAGUUUGGCUACGCAGGCAUGUACGUGGUCUCGGUGGUCUCGCUCAAGCAGGGCAUGAGCCAUUACGUGCUUGUCGUCUACCGCAACGCCAUCGCCGCCGCUGUCAUCGGUCCAUUCGCGCUGUGGUUCGAAAGGAAAGGCAGGCCCAAGAUGACACUCCCCAUCUUCCUCAAGAUCAUGGCUCUCGCACUGCUGGAGCCAGUGCUGGACCAAAACUUCUACUACAUGGGCACCAAGAACACAUCGGCAAGCUUCUCCUCUGCUCUCUACAACAUCCUGCCUGCGGUCACAUUCGUGAACGCCAUUAUUCUGAGAAUGGAGAUAAUAGAUAUCAAGAAGCGGCGUAGUCAGGCGAAGAUCUUUGGGACCGCGGUGACGGUGAUGGGUGCGCUGAUCAUGAUACUGUACAAAGGUCCGAUCAUGGAGUUCGUGUGGAACAGAGGGCGCCACCACCCUGCUGAUGCUGCCGCCCAGAGCGAUGCCCACUGGCUCGCCGGCACCUUCAUGCUACUCUUCAGCUGCUUCUGCUGGUCUGCUUUCUUCAUACUCCAAUCGCAUACCUUGAAGGCGUACCCUGCAGAGCUAUCCUUGAGCACCUUGAUAUGCGUCUUGGGCGCUGGACAAGGUGGCGCAGUGGCUCUCUUCAUGGAACGCGGCGUCAAGCCUUGGUCGAUAGGGUUCGACAUGAGACUCUUCACCGCCAUCUACUCGGGCAUCAUGUGCACAGGGAUGGCAUAUUAUCUACAGGCCGUGGUAAUGAAGGAGAGAGGGCCCGUCUUCGUGACCGCCUUCAGCCCUCUCUGCAUGAUCAUAGUGGCCUUCAUGGGCUCCACCAUUCUUGCAGAGGAGAUCGCUCUCGGGAGGGUGAUCGGCGCGGUUGUCAUAGUCAUCGGCCUUUACUCUCUUAUAUGGGGGAAGAGCGCCGACCAUUUGAUCCAGUCCACGGACAACUCCGGUGGAAAAAAGCAUGGCGCACUCGAGCUACCCAAGUCCGUCGACGACGCCAUGGCCGCCAACUCCGUCGACUUCGUCGCCAUCGUCGACAUCCCACCUGCGAAGAAACCUUGAGGGCUUAAUCUCGGCCAUGCCAUGGCCAUUAGCAGCAAGACCAACUUUAUGUAUCGCCUCUAUGAACCAACCAGUCACCAACGUAUAAGUGAUGUUCUGCAUCAUAAAUUCUUCAUCUUUCAUCUCCUGUAGUUCUCGAUGAUGCACACGGUGCCGAUGUUGGAAGGAUCUGUAGAGGUCGUCAUAAUGACCCUCCUCAGAUUAGCUGCUUUAGUACCUUUUUCCUUGAUAGAAACUUGCUUCACUCAU